AUGGGUUCUGAAGGGAACAAGAUCAGCGAUGACAUGGAGUUCCAACCAUCGGAGCCGGCACUAUGCGCUAAGGGUUGUGGCUUUUUCGGCACGGCGGCGACGAUGAAUCUAUGUUCCAAGUGUUACAGGGAUUUACGAAACAACGAACAGCAAGCAGCUUCGGCUAUGGCGGCUAUGGGGAAACUGGUGAUUCAGAAUCAGAAUCAAUCGGCUGUUCCUGAUGGGAUUAAUUUACAGACCACCGUGGGGACGUCGACUUCUGUGGCUGAAUCAUUGCCGUGCGGAAAGACUUUCUGUGGGACCCAUAGGUACCCCGAAAAGCACGAGUGCUCGAUCGAUUACAAGGGGCUUGGAAAGGAAGCCAUUGCCAAGGCUAAUCCGCUGGUCAAGGGUGAUAGGGUACAGAGGUUCUGA